UGAGGUGUAGAAGAAGCAGCCGGUUUCAGUUGUGCUCAGAAGACGGUUCAGUAACCAUGGCGAUGUUUGGAAAAGUUUUGGAGCCGGUCGGCUACAUGCAGACUGUGAGGGUCCUGGUCCAGGGGAUCUGCUCGUACCUGGGAGGCAGCGCCUCCGAGGAGGAGACCGAGUUGUCCAAGAAGAACCUGGACGGCAUCGAUCAGGAGCUGGGAGCGUCGGGACACGGCCUCCUGGACGACCAGGAGGUCCACCGGCUGGAGGACGACCUGGCCGUGGUCUACUACCAGCUGGGCACCGCGGUGAGGGCCCAGUCAGACUUCACCAAGAAGGAGACGGAGGUUUUCCUGCAGUACGUGCACGACUACCGCCUGGAGAGGCAGCUGACGGCGCUGUACAACCGUCUGAUGGGCGUGUCGGCCCUGACGGACCAGCCCACGCUGCUGGAGGAGGUCAUCCUGAACCGCAAGCCCAAACGCUGGGAGCUCAGGGAGUUCUGCGUCAAGGUGAACUUCGUCCUGGGCACCGGCCUCCUUUGCCUCUUCACUCAGGCUUCUCUGACCGGCAGAGACCAGGCUCUGCUGAUGAAGAGCUGGUCCGACCGCAUGGGCGCCCUCUACAGGAAGAUGAAGAACACCGGCGGACGCUGCUUGGGAUACUUCCUGGAGCAGGCGGAAGAGGACGUACGCAAAGAGCUGCACGACGCCGUGCAGAACCGCGCACCUCCAGAGGAGGCGGCGUCGAGCAUCCUGAAGACCCUGGAGAAGAACUACGACUGGCUGCGCUGGGCGGUGAUGCUCCAUCCUGCUGUGGGAGUCAUGGAGGAGGAGAAGGAGGAGAAGGAGGAGGAGACGCAGGACGAAAAGGAAGCUCCGCCGACAGAACAGCAGCCCAACAAUUUCCUCUCCGUGGUGUCUGAAGCUCCGAUCCCCCACGUGGUGGUUUGCUACCGCGAGACGCCGACGUCACUGGACAAAAGCCGCAUCCACCAGCUCAUCGUGGACCUGGAGUGGAAGAUCCCGAAUCCGCCGCCUGAAGUGUACGCCUCCAUCGAGGAGGACCCGGGCAGGGCGCGCCGGUACCUGGCCUCCCGCAUGCUGAGGAAGCUGCAGGAGGGGCUGGGAGCCGGCGUGGCCAUUCACGUGGUGCCGGGCAGGAUGGAGAUGAAGUGCAACUUCCCUCCGGCCUCCUACUACCUCUACGAGUACACGCACCGUCUGGCCUCGGGCACCGUGUGUGUGUUCGGAUGAAAAAUUAAACAGGGAUAAAACUAUCUGCUGAUCCCACACAGAUGUGUAAAAAUCUUUCUCGUGUUGUUGCAUUACCUCCAAAUAAACACAGAAAAAAAAAA